AUGUCAUUGAGUGUCCUCACUAAGAUAGAAAACUUCUGCUCGAAAUCGACAGUUCUCAGGACUCGGACGUCGUGUCACUCAUGCAGCAUCAGUCUGUUGAUCUCGUGUCCAUCAGGAUUCAAACGGACGCCACAUUCCAUGGCUCAGGACUGCAGGUACCACAUCAAAACUGCCAGUUUGAAACUGCCAAUCAGCGGCUGCAGCUUCGAAUGUUAUCGGGAGGUGGAGCUGAAGAGCUGUUGUCCUGGUUACUGGGGGCCGGACUGUGUCGAAUGUCCUGAUCGAGCCGACAGACCCUGCAGCGACCGAGGAAUCUGCUCCGAUGGACUGGGAGGAAACGGAACCUGUACCUGUCAGGAGGGGUUUGCUGGUACAUCAUGUGAGGACUGUUCUCCAGGUAGAUUUGGAUCCACCUGUAGUUCAGAGUGUUCCUGUCUUCAUGGUCUCUGUGACUCUGGAUUAAAAGGUGAUGGACACUGCACCUGUUUCUCAGGAUACAAAGGUCCAAACUGUGAAAAGGAGGUUCCUGAGUGUGCAGCGCUCAGGUGUCGGCAGAACUCUCGUUGUAUGGAAGAAGCUCUGACGGGUCAGUUAGUAUGUCAGUGUUUACCAGGUCACCAGAUGUCAGGAGAUCAGUGUUUAUCGAUAAACCCGUGUCUUCAGAGGGUCUGUCACACCAACGCCUCCUGCAUCCACACGGGUCCAAACCAGCACCUGUGUGCCUGUAAUGAGGGUUACAUCGGCGACGGACGAGUCUGCAUGGCCAUCGAUCCGUGUCAGACCAAAAAAGGAGGCUGCUCCACUGAGUCCACGCAAUGCAUCUAUGACGGACCAGGAAAGUCUCACUGUGAGUGUCUUCCUGGCUUCAACAACCUGUCGAACGGCGGCUGCAGCCUGAAGGACGUCUGUCGACCAGGUUCCUGUCACAAGAAGGCCAACUGUUCGACCGUGGGCCCGGGACAAGUCGAAUGUACCUGUCUCCAGGGUUACAUUGGUAACGGUAAAGUGUGUUACGGGAACAUCGUGCAGCGUCUGAACGAGCUGAACACGGAACCUGGUGGACAGUGGAGGGGUCAACUGAGCAACGCCAUUGAACUGUUCGGUUUGCUGUCGUGGCCUCUGCAGAACCUGGGUCCAUUCACCGUUUUCAUCCCGAUCAAUAAAGGUUUCAAAGGAACAUUGGUGAGGAUUCUGCUUGCCAACUCAUCUAGAGCUGAGUACCUGUGUAAGAUGCACCUGGUUGCCGGGGUGAUGCCAUUUGACACUCUGAAAAAAACAAACGUGUUUUUCACCCUGACGGGAAAAUCAGCAGGGGUGGACACGUCGGAGGGGGACGCUCAGACCAAAAUUCGUAUCCAUGGCAGCAGAAAGAAAGGUGUGAUCAUCCAGUCAGAUAUCGUCGCAUCCAACGGGAUGAUCCAUCUCAUCAAUAAGCUGAUGGACAGUGUCACACCGACCGUUGAGAGCAAUCCUGAGGAGAACCUGAUGAAGAUCAUCUCUGACUACGGAAAGUUUGACAAGUUCAAGACUUUGUUGGAGAAAACUCAGCUGGCAUCCAUCUUGGAUCUUCCAGGGCCGAUCACUGUCUUCGCUCCGACCAGCUUAGCCUUCGACACCAUGAGUGACGGACACUUGACAUACUUGAGCAGCACUGAGGGUCACAACAAACUGGUGGAACUUCUCAGGAACCACAUCAUCCCGUCCACUGCCCUGGAAGUCUUCAACGCUGUUUCCAGCCCCAGAAUUGUAACGAAGGCGAAUCAGGUUCUGACGAUAAACGUGACAGAAAACGGUCAGAUCCUGGUUAAUGGAGCAGCGGUGUUGGAGUCAGCGGUGGAAGCAAAGAAUGGACGUCUGUAUGUUCUGGAUGGAGUUUUGACUCCACCCUCCAUCGAACCUGUGCUGCCUCACAGGUGUGACAUCACAGAGACCAAGAUUGUUAGGGAUGAGUGUGUCAGCUGCUUGAAGAUCAAAGUGACUCCGUGCUCAUCUGGGGUUGACACAGGCUUGUCCAGGUUUGGAUGUCUGUACAUGAUUUCUGUCGGCAGUCCGCCCAUCAACGUCCCGGCCACUGGCUGCUCCUUGCUCUGCAAUACAACUGUAACGACUCCAGCAUGUUGUAAAGGUUUCUAUGGUCCUGACUGCCGCCCCUGUCCAGGUGGAUACCAGACUCCUUGCUCAGGACACGGUCAGUGUAUGGAGGGCAUCACAGGAAACGGUUCCUGUAUCUGUGAUCCAAACUUCCAAGGCUCUCGCUGUCACUUCUGCUCCAGAACCAAUAAACAUGGACCAAGGUGUGACAUGACGUGUCUCUGUGCCCAAGGACAGUGCGACAACCGUCCGGACUCAGGCGGUCGCUGUAAAGUCGACUCGUGUCUGCCGGGGUUCACUGGUCCGUUAUGCGAUCGACAGACGGCAGCCUGCGGCAUCCAGGCUCAGUUCUGCCACGCCCAUGCUGACUGCGAUUUCAGUCAGGGGACGACCAGGUGUGUCUGUAAACCUGGUUACCAGGGUGAUGGUAUCACCUGUGUGGAGUCCGACCCCUGUGCGCCGCCUCUUCGUGGCGGCUGCAGUGUGAACGCUAAAUGUAUAAAGACAGGACCUGGGACUCACUCCUGCCAGUGUCUGACAGGAUGGAGGGAGGAUGGAGAUGAGUGUCAACCAAUCAACAACUGUGACGGCCCUGACACCAGCGGCUGUCACCCUAACGCCACCUGCAUCUACGUAGGUCCUGGACAGAGUGACUGCAGCUGUAAACAUGGAUACAAAGGAAACGGACGAGACUGUGAAGCUGUGAAUCCGUGUGUCACCAUGAGUGGAGGCUGCCAUUACCUGGCGAGCUGUCUGCUGCUGUCCUCUCAGUGGACAUGUGUCUGUGAUGAAGGUUACGUUGGAGAUGGUCGAAUGUGUUUCGGGAGCGUAGAACAGGAGCUGAUGGUGCUGCCCGAGACGUCUGAAUUCUUCAAAUGGACGACUGACUCCGGUGUGUCUCUGUUGGAUCAGAACGUCACUCUCCUGGUUCCGUCUUCUGCUGCUGUCGACAAAAUGUCUUCAGACGACAAGAACUUCUGGACGACGAAGGGAAACCUGCCUAGUCUCAUCAGAAAUCACAUGAUCCCUGGAAACUAUCCAUCUUCCAGCCUGAACCCCACUUCCCCUGUGACCUCACUUCUCAAGACUACAUUUCCUGUUUCUACAGCCAAUGAGCUCACAAUUGUUGGUGGCGCCACCAUCAUCACAUCUGAUAUUGCUGCUACCAACGGACUGAUCCACAUAAUCGAUAAGGUUCUGGUUCCCGACAGGAAGCUGAGUGAAGGGCUGUUGGCGACACUCGCUCUGAGACCUGAGUUCUCGCUCUUCAGAUCAUACCUCAUUGAUUACAACUUGACAGACGAGAUCGAACAGGGUGAUGAAUUCACCGUCUUCGCUCCGACAGACGCUGCCAUCAACGAUUACCUGAAGAAAAUGGCUGCGACUGCUCUGGAUGUUAAUACGACUCGUUACCAUGUGGUGGCAGCAGAGCGCCUGUUAAAGACCGACCUGCAGCCUGGAGGUUACAAGCAGACACUACUGGGGUUCUCCUUCCAGCUCGCCAUCAUGCUCCGCGAGGGAAAGCUGUUAGUGAACGACGCUCAGAUCAACUCGUCCAACAUCCUGAGCGGUAAUGGUGUGAUUCACGGUCUGUCGGCCGUUCUCAAGAUCAACAGGAACCGCUGCGAUGAAGCUACGUAUCAGAAGGUCAUGGCAACGUGCGUCGACUGUUUGUUCCCAAUCGGCAAAAUCUGUCCCAACAACUCCGUCCCAGACAAAUCCAUGCGGAGUAGGAAGUGUAUGUUCAGCCGCAUGUUUGAAGGAGAGCAACUGUUGACCAUCGGCUGUAGACCCACCUGCCUUCAGAAGAACAUCGUCCGAGCGUGUUGUGGCGGGUUUUUCGGGAAGCACUGUGAGCCUUGUCCAGGGCUGCCGGGUCAGCCCUGCUUCGGUAACGGAGCGUGUAUGGACGGGACGAAUGGUACCGGAGUCUGUCAGUGUAACCAAGGUUUUAAUGGGACGGCGUGUGAGACCUGCCAGAGCGGCAAAUAUGGCGUCCACUGUGAUCAGGACUGCAGAUGUAAAAACGGACGCUGUAAUGAAGGCGUCAUGGGCGACGGGACGUGUGAGUGUGAUGUCGGGUGGCGAGGAAUCCUCUGCGACGAAAAAGUCGAGUCGGCGGCUGACGAGUUGUGCGGCUCAGUGAAAUGUCACACCAGUGCAAAUUGUUUGAUCGGACUGUCCGGACCUCUGUGUUUCUGCGCUGCUGGUUUCCAGGGAAAUGGGACUUCUUGUCGAGCUAAAGACCCAUGUGUGGAGGACAACGGCCGCUGCAGUCUUUACGCCGUCUGUAAGAGGACACGACCUGGACGCAGAGCCUGUGUCUGUUACAAUGGUUACUAUGGAGAUGGACUUGUGUGUGUCGAAAUAAAUCCAUGUCUGGAAGGAAAUGGAGGUUGUCAUGCAAACGCAGACUGCGUCCACGUUGGACCGAACAAAACAUCCUGUUCCUGCAGUGAAGGUUACUCAGGUGACGGACAGAACUGUCACAUGAUCAACUUGUGUCAAAAGAAAAAUGGUGGCUGUCAUCAGUUUGCACGCUGUAACAUGAGCGGUCCAGGUGUCCGCACCUGCACCUGCAAGUCGAACUUCCUGGGAGACGGACUCACCUGCAAAGGCACCGUGGACAAGGAAAUCCUGACGAGGAAGCUGCGAGACUUUUACAUUGGCCUGAUGAUGGUUGAGAUUUCUCUGAAAGGUCGCGGCCCGUUCACCGUCUUUCCACCAAGCAGCAACGCCUUCACAGGGAACAGUAUUGGCACUGCUAAGAUGAAAUCAAUGAUGUUGGGGAAACAUAAAGAACAAUUCGCCACAGUCCUGCGAAGCCACAUUGUCAUGUGUCACACGCUGCUGCCCACCGACCUGAGUCGACCCCGAAACCUGACGUCUCUGUCUGGACUUGUCCUGUCCACCAGAUCAAGCCAGGGAAACAUCUUCAUCAACGGUGCUAACGUGACGUACAGCCACGAUGUCAGUGUCAAUGGGAUUUUCCACGAGAUCGACAAGAUUCUGUUUCCUCCCGACCUCUACAAAGAUUUGGAGCCCAACAUCUCCAUGAAUCUGACUGAUGUGGCCGAACGUCAUGGAUACACACACUUCUACAAGCUGCUCGAGGUGAUGUGUCCAGGUGGCGUCGGCUCCCCCUGUAGUAACCGUGGUAAAUGUGAUGAUGGUCACCUUGGUAACGGCACCUGUACCUGUGACGUAGGCUUCAGGGGCGUGGCCUGUGAGCAGUGCAGUGACGGGUUCUUCGGGCCUACCUGUAAAUCCUGUAACUGCUCAGAACACGGGUCAUGUGACGACGGAUGGAAAGGUACGGGGGCGUGUCUGUGUGAGGCGGGGUGGAGCGGCGAGCUAUGUGACACUGAGCAGAGUCACGUCUCUGUGUGUUCUCCACCGUGUUCUCCUAAAGCCGUCUGUACGGAAAACAACACCUGCGUCUGUCGGCCAUUUUAUGAAGGAGACGGAUUCACCUGCACAGUGGCGGACAUGUGUGGGGUCUGGAAUGGCGGUUGUGCUAAAGGCGCUAAGUGUUCUCAGAUAGGAGAGUUGGUGACCUGCACGUGUCCUAAAGGUCACUCUGGGGACGGGUUCACCUGUCAGCCCGUUGACCCCUGUGUCUCUGGAGACAAUGGCGGCUGCCACGAACACGCCACCUGCACCAUGAUGGCUCCGGGUAAGAAGAAGUGCACAUGUAAAGACAACUACAUCGGCGAUGGUGAGACCUGUGAGGUCAAACAGCUGCCAAUCAGCCGCUGUCUCCAAGGGAACGGACGCUGUCAUCAAGACGCCAAAUGUACAGAUCUACACUUUGAAGAUGCGACGCUCGGUGUGUUUCACCUCCGUUCAGACAGGGGGCAGUACAAACUGAACUUCAGUGCAGCGCAGCAAGCCUGCAGUGCAGAGGGAGGUGACCUGGCCACGUAUAUGCAGCUGUCCUACGCUCAGCAGGGCGGGCUCAACAUGUGUGCUGCUGGCUGGUUGGACCAGGCCCGGGUGGCGUAUCCCACCACCUACUCCAACCCCAAUUGUGGCUUCGGACAUGUCGGCAUCGUGGACUAUGGAGUCCGCAAGAACCUGAGCGAGUCGUGGGAUGUCUUCUGCUACCAGAUGAAAGAGGUCAGGUGUGAGUGUCAGGUGGGUUACGUUGGAGAUGGGUUCAGGUGCACAGGAAACCUGCUGCAGGUGCUCAUGUCCACGCCGACCUUCUCCAACUUCCUCACGCAAAUCCUGAACUGCUCUCAGGUGUCGUCGUCAGGGAAACAGUUUGUGGAGCGUCUGAGCAACUUGACGGUUCAGUCCACGCUGUUCGUACCCGACAAUGACGGACUGCCUGACAACCAGACUCUGUCUCAGUGGGACAUUGAGUUCCACCUGUCCGAGGGGAGGGCUCUUCCUCUCAGCGAGCUGAAGAACGGGAGUCGGAUCAGAACAAGAGUCGGGAGUCUGAGGGUCCUCGGAGUGUCCGAUCUGCUGGACCCCUCAGCUCUGUCCUCUCGUUACAUCAACGAUCGCUUUGUCACCAACUCGGACAUUGUGGCCUCAAAUGGAAUCAUACAUGUUCUUCAAGGUCCGCUGAAAGCCACCCCCCCUCGCCAAGAGAUGCAUGUGGGGCACAAGGCAGGAAUGGGAGUGGGUGUGACCCUGCUGGUGAUUCUGGUGGUGGCAGGCAUGUGCGUGGGAUACAACUUCUACAAAAACAACAACAAAGGAUUCCAGUUCCACUACUUCAAGGAGGAUGAAGAGGAGGAAACGGUGCCCCCUGCAGGCAGCAGCAUCUGUAACCCUGUUUAUGAAGCAGCUCCAGAGUCAAAGACGUCUUACGGCACAGCCAAACAAGUGGUGGCGGACGGAGGAUCGCACGACCUACUGCAGGACGGUUGAGAGAAGCUGCAGCGUCAUACUCAUGCUCCGAGUUUCCGUCAGCUGAUCACAUUGAGCGUUCGAUGGACGAUGAAGUGUUGUCAUCAGGUUUCAGGUGCUCCUGAUUGACUUAGUAAUGUAAACAAUCACAUGUAACUGAGAAAAGAUGUUUCAUCAAAUAAAAAAACAAAAAACGGG